CGAGAGCCGGGCAGCGCCGAACCGAACCCAGCCGAGCACUUCCGAGCCCCGCCGAGGGCCGGGCAGCACCGAGCCGAACCCAGCCGAACCUUUCCGAGGGGAGCCGAGGGCCGGGCAGCACCCAGCCGAACCCAGCCGAGCCCUUCCGAGCCCCUCCGAGGGCCGGGCAGCACCGAGCCGAACCCUUCCGAGAGGAGCCGAGGGCGGGGCAGCGCCGAGCCGAACCCAGCCGAGUUCCGCCGAACGCAGCCGAGAGCCGGGCAUCGCCGAGCCGAACCCCGCCGAGGGCUGGGCAGAGGCGAGCCGAACCCAGCCGAGUUCCGCCGAGCUCAGCCGAGCCCCGUGCCGGGCAACUACAGCUGACGAGUUUCUGCUGCCCCGGCCUGGCCACAUCACCAUUAAAACACACGGCUUCCGCUUUCCUUUUCCCCUUUGCUGGGUUUUGGCCACAAUGGAGGCAGCGGGACUGGUGACCAAGCGCAUCCUGGUGACGGGUGGCACCGGUUUGGUGGGAAGAGCCAUCGAGAAGGUGGUGGCUGAUGGAGAGGGGCGGCCGGACGAGGAGUGGAUCUUUGUGUCCUCCAGAGACGCUGACUUGACGAGUGCCGCAGAGACCAAAGCCCUGUUUGAACGGCACAAGCCCACCCAUGUCAUCCACCUGGCUGCCAUGGUCGGGGGCCUCUUCAAAAACAUCCGUUACAACCUGGAUUUUUGGAGGAGAAACAUCCAUAUCAAUGACAAUGUCCUGCACUCAGCGUACGAGACUGGGGUGCAGAAGGUCGUCUCCUGCCUUUCCACCUGCAUCUUCCCGGACAAGACAACAUACCCCAUUGAUGAGACCAUGAUUCACAAUGGGCCACCUCACAGCUCCAACUUCGGCUACUCCUACGCCAAGAGAAUGAUCGAUGUCCAGAAUAGGGGCUACUUUGAGCAGCACGGCUGCCGCUUCACCGCUGUCAUCCCCACCAACGUAUUCGGGCCUCAUGACAACUUCAACAUCGAGGAUGGCCACGUCUUGCCGGGGCUCAUCCAUAAGGUCUACCUGGCCAAACAGACUGGCUCUGCUUUGACUGUCUGGGGGACAGGCAAGCCCAGGAGACAGUUCAUCUACUCCAUGGACCUGGCUCGGCUCUUCCUUUGGGUCCUGCGGGAAUACGAUGAGGUGGAACCCAUCAUUUUGUCAGUGGGAGAAGAAGAUGAAGUCUCCAUCAGGGAGGCAGCAGAGGCGAUCACGGAGGCCAUGGACUUCAGGGGAGAGGUGGUUUUUGACACCAGUAAGGCAGACGGGCAGUUCAAGAAGACGGCCAGCAACGCCAAGCUACGGCGCUACCUGCCCGGCUUCGAAUUCACCCCCUUCAGUCAAGCUGUGAAGGAGACCUGUGCCUGGUUCAGUGCCAACUACGCCAACGCCAGGAAGUGACGGACCAACGCGGCACCGGCAUCAUCCUCUUCAACUCAGGGUUGUCCUUUGCUGGGACAGAGGACGGGGCUUGGGGGUGACAGUGACAUUUCCAAAGUAAAAGGGGGCCAGAACCCAGGGAACAGCCCCCACCUUUCUGCCCAGGGCAGGGGGGGGAGAAGGUUGGGGCACCCCAAAGGUGCUGGGACCUCAGACAAGGUGGUGGCCACCCAGUAGGAGCCACUACUGCCUCCUUGGCCACACCGAAGCAACUGGUGGCUCCUGCUGAGGUGUAAUGAUCUACACUGCUAAUUACCUGUAAUUAGACUGUAAUAAAGGGAAGGUGAUCAGGGUUA